AUGCAAGAUCGUCUUGAUGGUGGAAUUUCCAUCCUCAUGCAUUGUGCUGGUUCUGAAGCCUCAGAAACGCUGUCUCUGGAGCACUUCACUGUCGAUCUGUACAUUAUGCCACGGGAACAUCAUGAAACACCAGAGUGGAUUGGGGGAGAUUUAUCGGCCUUAGUGCAGGCUUUCAGCGAGGAGUUUGUCAUCCUCCAUCUGCAGCGCUAUGCAGAACAUUGUCGCAUGGAGGGCAUCAUCCCUCCCCGGCAUUCUUGUCCCACCAAGCAGUUUGAACGUGAUUUUGAAGUUAGCAACAAGUCGCUUUCGGCUGCUGUUCAGAUGGGUCAAGCCCUGGCGAAUGCAUCGCCUAGCAAGAGCAAGUCAGACAUUCGGCAGCAUUGCAACACUGACACAUUUCUCUUGAAUGCCGCUCAACAAGAUGAUCACAUACUUCCGAAGCUUCAUCAGCUCAUUGGCUCCAUUCGCAGCAGCCACUGGGAGGCUGUGCUUCAAUCACUGAAAUGGAACCUGACUUAUGAACAGGCAUCGAACCUGAGUAGAGCACUCAAUUCUGACAUUCACAGCAACCGAGCUAUGCCCACAUACACUAAGUCAUCGUCUUCGUUCCUUUCACAAAUGUUCACAUUUUUUGGCGCCCUAGUUUUUAUAUCCCCGAUUACUCGCAAACAUGUCCAGGCUUUGCCUACACGUCGCACCAGGGUCACUCUCAGUAAGGAGGCCCGCACUGCCCUUACUGCUUGGCAUCGUGAAAAUGUGCAUCACUUCAGAUCAGCUCUCGGUGAUGCUUGGAAAGGUCUUGAUGAGACUGUAAAGGAGAUCACAUCUUCUCACCACAAGAGUUUCCAUUGUGUACAAAAUGACUUAUGUUUAGGCUGGGGGAUGAUGAGAUUCAAGCGCUCAAAGUUUAAUGUGUGGAACACAUUCUGUUGGAAAAAACAGCAGGAUAAUCAAGAGAAUGGGGCGACAGGCAAGGAUGUCCUACAAGAACUCAUCAAGAGCCACCGUGUGGAAUAUCAAGAGCUCAUGGAUGACGAGAAGGCUGAGAUUUUGCUAGAGUACAGCGAGCACAAGGAGACACAAGCCACGGGCAUCCGAAUCUCAACAAAGUCAAAGGUUAAUGAUGUCACCCAGACCCUCAAGGCUGUUGAGAACGAGCUUAACAAUUUGAGGAGCCAUACUGGAGCCGAGGCGAUCCUCUACACGACGCAUGGGUCCAUGGACCUCCCUCUUCAUGGUGUCGCUUUUGCUACUGAAGGUGUGGACGAGUUUAUGGUGUCUGUAAUGAAUGUCAACAAUCAAGAUUUAAUUAGCAAGAUGGAAGGAUUCGCUGUCCAGGGCAUGAAAGGUGCUGCAAAAAAUCACCAAAAGCAUUGUUCUGAUGUUCAUGCAGCAAUCUGCCACAAAAUUCAGAAGGGACUUGGCUGGCCUGCUAACAUCCCUUUUAUCAACCUCAGCCAAGCCUCGAGUGCCCUUCCUGACCUUGAAAUGAUUUGUCGGAAGUGGGAGUCUCGUGCCAUCUGUUGGAGAGAAAUUGACGAUGAGGAGUUUCAACAACUCCUCGAAGAGCACAACGAGAAGCUUGAAAGUGGUGAGAUCAUGGACCACCACUGCCGGACUCACUCAGACAAGGGAAAGAAGCAGGCAUGGUCUAUGGAUGGAUCAGGUCGUCGCAAGAAGACAUACAAGAGCAUGGAGACCAUCGAGACCGACAAUGAAGAUGAGACCACCCCAGCUGCCAAUGCUGGCAGUUUCCCUAGUGCCAACAUCCCUAGUGCUAACAUCAGUACCAACUCCACCAGCACCAACACCAAUGACGACGCUGGCACUAAUACCAAUGCCAGCGCCAAUAGCAAUGUCAAUGCUGAGGCUAGUGCCUCCACCAACUUCACCAAUACCAAGGCUUUCAACAAUGCCAAUGCUGGCACCUUCGACUCCUUCAAUCCUGCCACCUUCGACAUGUUUCGUACCCCUACUCCUCCAGCCAUCAGCAGCGCUCCUGUGUCACCUUCUAACGAGUUCUUUGAUUCAGAUGCCUUGUUGGCUAUGUUAGAUACUAUUUUUGGGCCGGCAGCCCAAAUCUAG